CUUUCUCCUCUGCAAGCUCUUUUUGCUCCUGUUCCUGCUCUUACACACCUGGUUUCCCACCCACAGACGACUUCUUUUCUCAAGGUCGUUCUACAGUCUUAUCGAGUUCUACUUCAUCGCCCACUUUCCCCCCUUGCGCGUGCGAUCUUUUGUGUACACCACUUGUUCACAUCACACUCGCACACUAGUAUCAAAGGAAAGAAAAGAGAUCCCGUCUGCAAGAGCGGUACCGAGCAAAAGUUUCCACCCAAUCUCCACCCCCAUACAAGAAUAGCAAAUGCCUGAGAACAGCGGCUGGGAUAACUCCAACGGCGGCGGCGGCAGCGGCAACGGCUGGGGCGGCAGCUCUGGCCGUGGCGACCGCGGCAGCUACCGCAGCUACGACGACAGCAGCCGUCGUGACCGCAAGGAGUACGGUGGCGGCUCCAGCGACUAUGGCCGUGGCGGCAGCAGCUACAAUGACGGUGGUCGCCGUGACUAUGGCGGCGGUCGCAGCGGCGGCUAUGGCGGUGGUUACGGCGGCCGCGGCGGCCGUGGUGGCUAUGGCGGCCAGGGACGCUUCCCGCGUAUGGAGCCUCAGGAGCUGGUCAAGCCCGACUGGGACAACCUGUCUCUGCCCACCUUUGAGAAGAACUUCUACAAGGAGGACCCGCAGGUCGCUGCUCGCUCCAGCGAGGAUGUCGAGCAGUACCGCAAGGAGUUCGAGAUGACCAUCAUGGGCGACGAUAUCCCCAAGCCCAUCACCACAUUCGACGAGGCCCAGCUUCCCGACUAUGUCCUGACCGAGAUCAAGAAGCUCGGCUUUGACAAGCCCACGCCCAUUCAGUCGCAGGGCUGGCCCAUGGCUCUGUCUGGCCGCGACAUGGUUGGCAUUGCCCAGACCGGUUCGGGCAAGACCCUGGCGUACACUCUGCCUGGCAUUGUGCACAUCAACGCCCAGCCUCUGCUCCAGCCCGGCGACGGCCCCGUCGUGCUCAUUCUGGCUCCCACCCGUGAGCUGGCUGUGCAGAUCCAGAACGAGUGCAACAAGUACGGCUCCUCGUCUCGCAUCCGCAACACCUGCGUCUACGGUGGUGUCUCGCGCGGUCCUCAGAUCCGCGACCUGCGCCGUGGUGUCGAGAUCUGCAUUGCCACGCCGGGUCGUCUCAUCGACAUGCUCCAGAUCCAAGCCACCAACCUGCGCCGCGUCACAUACCUUGUCCUCGACGAGGCUGACCGCAUGCUCGACAUGGGUUUCGAGCCCCAGAUCCGCAAGAUCGUCGACCAGAUCCGCCCCGACCGCCAGACGCUGAUGUGGUCGGCCACAUGGCCCAAGGAGGUGCAGCAGCUGGCGCGCGACUUCCUCAAGGACUACAUCCAGGUCACCAUCGGGUCGCUCGACCUCGCAGCCUCGCACAACAUCAAGCAGAUCGUCGAGGUCAUUCCCGAGAGCGACAAGCGCACCCGCCUGGCGCGCCACAUCGAGAAGAUCAUGGACCAGCGCGAGAACAAGACCAUCAUUUUCUCGAUGACCAAGCGCAACGCCGACGAGAUCACCCGCAACCUGCGCCAGGACGGCUUCCCCGCCCUCGCUAUUCACGGCGACAAGUCGCAGAACGAGCGUGACUGGGUUAUCAGCGAGUUCCGCUCGGGCCGUAGCCCGAUCAUGGUCGCCACGGACGUCGCGUCCCGUGGACUCGGUAAGUCACUGCACAGGGCAAACUCAUCCAACCUAAUUGCUCGUCUCGCUUCCAUACACGUAGAUAUCAAGGAUGUCAAGUUUGUCAUCAACUACGACUUCCCGACCAACGUCGAGGACUAUGUGCACCGGAUUGGCCGUACCGGCCGUGCUGGUGCCACUGGUACCGCCGUCACGUUCUUCACGACUGACAACAAGCGGUCGGCCAAGGACCUGCACCACAUUCUGACUGAGGCCAAGCAGGAUAUCCCGAAGGAGCUCGAGGACAUGGCCUACUACAGCCGGCGCGGCGGAGGCAGCGGUCGCUGGGGUGGCCGUGGCGGAGGCUUUGGCGGCCGCGGUGGAUUCCGUGGCGGA